CCGUUACUUAGCAACGCAUCAACUUUUCAAGAGCAGUGACAACCAAACAAACGCGCCUGUCACCUGUCUGUUAGCUCUGUUGUUUAUAACACCAAUGUCAAAGACCCAAGCAAAGAAAAAGGAGUCCUCCUCCAGUAAAGUCUCUUUAUCCGACCGACAGACAGAAGCGGCGUCCCUCGUAGCCGCUUCCUCUGAGAGCCUAGGAGGUGCUUGGAGAUGCAGGUUCUCCAUUUGGCCCGAGUGGAAUGAUGCAGACGUCAACAAGGAGAAAUGGGACUCAAGCAAAGGAGCUGAUGAAGGAAAAACGAACAAGAAUGACAAAAGUACAUUUUUUGAAGAUCCUGAGGGGAAAAUUUCCCUGCCUCCAUCUUUGAAAGUGCACUCCUGGAAGCGUCCUACAGAGUUUAUUGUCAACAAGGAGCUCUCGGUUGUUGCAAAUCAAACGACCUUUGACCUGAUCUCCCCCAAUGACCAUCUGAUUCGCAGUGAGCUGAUGAGGUGGAUCAUCAGCGAGAUCUAUAUUGUUUGGACGCUGCAGAAUCGCACACCUACAAAACGAGACAGGUGGAGACCUUGGGAGCACAUCUACUCACUAUGCAAGGUGGCGAAAGGUCAUGUGCCCCUCUACAACAGCUAUGGGAAAUAUGUGGUCAGACUCUUCUGGAUGGGUUGUUGGAGGAAGAUAACAGUCGAUGAUUCGAUGCCAUUUGACGAAGACAACAACAUGCUUCUCCCUGCCUCCACCUGUCAAUCAGAGCUGUGGCCAGUGUUGUUGUCUAAGGCUCUCAUUAAAGUGGCCAACACAAAUGUGAAGUCUGAGGUCUGUGGGGAGAUGGGCGAGUUCACCUUUAUCCACACCCUUACUGGCUGGACCCCAGAAAUCAUACCUAUGAAGUCUGCGUACCUGGAAAAAACCUGGGAUUUCUUACAAGACACCAUUCCCAUAUUUACACACCCUGACAAGGGUUUGCCAGAAGAAAAGCCCAAGACUGGAAAUAGAGCUGACAGGAGAGGCUCCUGUUAUAAUGACAGAAAGAGUAAGCCGCCAGAGCCGGAGAAAAGUAAAGGUACUCCUGAGGUAGUGGUAUGUGCCAGCUACUGCGCUUUCCAGCCCCAUACCGAUUCCUUUAGGUUUGGACAAAUGGCUGAUUCCUCAAAGUUUCUGCGUCAGUACGGUCUGUCCUUGCUGUACAGCCACAUUGUCCUGCUGACCAGAACACGGGCGUGCCUGUUGGAGGCACCGCCUAAACCUCCACCUGUGCCCCGAUGGAAACUCAUCCGCCCGCGCAAGACGAUUGAGGUCACCGCUGAGCCACGCAAGCUUCCUUUGUCAAAACCAGAGCAGUUCAUUGAGGUUGCCAGCCCUUUUCUCUCCUACCAUGUCAAGAGUGCCAUUUGCCCGAUCCUGGAGCUAGAGGCCAAGCAGAGUGCUCAGAAGAAGCGUUCCCACAGAUCCCCCCUGGUGUCCAUUGUGGAGAGGGAGAAUGCCGAAGGCCGAGAAGGCUUUGAGUCUGAUGCAUCUGAAUGCACCACUAGUUCACCAAAUGGCACAACAGACAACAUAGAGGUUACUGCAGAGGACAGGAAGAAGGACGAUGAUGACAUCUCCGAUGAUUGCCCUGAAACUGCUAUGAAGGAGCCGUUAGCUGAAGAAGUCUCAGCUCCUGUCAGACCCAUCCUUCAGGAGACCUGGGUGGAUUUGGAUGACUUUGCUAAAUGCUUUCAGACUCUAUUGGUGUUCCAUAAACCACAGAUUUACCCGCAUAAAUUCCAGAAAUCUCAUUUUAAGAGCACCAUCCUGUCCAAAACUGCAACAGGCACUGGUGGCACCAGAUCAUCUACACACUCUCUUACCACAGGAUCCCACCCUGUGACUUCUGCUGUUGCAAGCCCUGAAUGUCAAGAGGUGAGAAGCACUCACUACCUGUGUGUGGACAGCCUCCAACCUACCCAGAUUCUCAUCAGCUUUUCUGCUCUGCUUCUCUGGGGAGAUACAGCUGAGGAGAAAAAGGGAACGUCAACAGCAUGUAGCUCUGCACUGCUUGCCGCCCAGCCGCACUCUUGGAUAAACCUGCGGUCUCAGCUGCCGCUUCUCACCAUCAAGACCACCUCCUCAAAAGCAGCCAUGCUUAACUUACCCCCAGGGCGACACGUAUUGUCCCUCAACACAAAGGCAGCGCUGGGCUACAACAUUCACCUGUGCAGCACGACACCUUUCAUCUUCGGGGACGAAGAAACCGUCAUGUCACAUCUUACCAAGGAAAGUGCUCGUUUCACUGAGCAGGCCUCGUCCAUCUUGAGGGCCCUGUCCAGAGUGGUGUCCGCCUUUAGCAAUGAGCAGGAGCAGCCAGCAGCCAGAAGAAUGCUAGAAGAGGCUCACUGCCCCCAAAACAUCAACACCACCCUGAGAAAACACCAAAAGGUGUUUAACAAUGCAGUUUACCACAUGCUGUGUGAGGCACAUGGCAGGAAGCUGACGGCAGAGGAGCGGUUUGCUGUACUGGCCCUCACAGCUGACCCUACACUCUUGGCCACUGACCUUAAAGAACAGCCCCCUGCAUUGGAUGCAGAGUUAGGGGCUCCAGAGAGCUGGAGAGACAGGCAGCCAACAGACAGGGAGGUCAAGGCAGUCACCACUUUGCAAGCUGGAUUCAAAGGGCACAUGGUGCGAGAGAUCUUUAGUGCCUCAAAACCAGGCACAAAGGAGAAUCUCAGUGCAUCCAAGAUCCUUUUAGACAUGUGGCCGAAGGUUGAAUCAAAUAAAGAAAAACAUGCUGCCCUGCUGUUACGGUAUAUCAUUGACCACCCUGAGACGAAAGCAGAGCUCUACUCCUGUCAGCAGGAUGAAUGGACCAGAAUCACCUUUGCUGAUUACUCUGUCCCUCUUCAAGACACAGCCAACUCCUGGGUCUUGGUCUUUAGAGAGGUGUUCCUGGUCCCUGAGAAGAUGCUGUUGAUACCAAAUAUCUACUCUCCAAUCCCUAAUUGUCUGCUGCACAUUGUAAAUAAUGACACAGGAGAAGAGCUGGUCUUCAGCAAACCGGCAACCCGUGUCUAUCAACCCAACAAGCUUGGUUAUACCUUUGUAGCAGAGGCUGUCACACCCGAAUCACUCCCUGUUGGAGCCAAGUGGAGGAUGCGUUUGAUUGGCUUGAGGGGACUUCUACCCAAACUGUCCCUUCAGACUCAACUCAGCACGUUCUCAGUGAGCGAAUUCCAGGAUUAUUACAUCCCCAAUGACAAAAACCUCAUAUGUCGCUACUAUGUGCAGGUGACAACAGACGUCCUGGGAACAGUUCAGUUUCAAACUUCCAAGCCAGAUGUUUGGAUCCGCCUGUCCAUUUUAGACCAGGAGAAAGAGGUGGCCGGCAACACCGGAAAGGGUUGUUCAAUAAUUCCUGCAUUCGUUUUCCUGGCCUACGAAGGCUCCAGUCGCACCGGUGAGGAAAAGCAGAACCAGAAGGGAUCCCCCAUUCAGGACAAGGGUGUCAAGGUGGAAGACACUUCCCAGCAAAGCGACGGGGAGGAUUGCACAGCUGGGAAAUCAGACUCCUUGUCUGACCAGCCGCAGCCUCCCACAGAGACUAUGGGUCAUAAGUAUGUGGUGCAGGCAGAGGUGCUUUUUAAGAGCUGGGAUUUGGAUGAAUCUCAGCUGGCUUUUGUCCAUAUGCUCAGAGACUUGGAGAAGAACGAAAUGAGAGUUCAAAACCGUGAGGAUGUGAAGCAUUCACCAGCUUCAGACACGCCAAGCCAUGAUGGACACAAAUCUGACGGACCCAAAGCUGGCCGCAAAGGUGAAAGUGACAAGGAGAAGGGGAAGCAAGCUGCCACGUCCAAGUCUGCCACCCCACUGGGACUUGACUUGACUAAGCCAAACUGGACGCUGCGUGUGGUCAGCGACAAGGGCAAAGCAGAGAGCAUCAAGGUGAUGGACACAGACAGAGUGGACCAAAUUAAAGCGUUUAAAAAAGCCUGGGAAAUGGCUGAAGCAGGCCGAUGUAACAAGGCUUUACAGUCUCGUCUCAAGUUUCUUAACCAAGUCCAGCACGGAGAAAGUUCUGACUCCAUCACAGACAGUGCAGAAAGCAGAGAGCUCGCUUCUUCCGGAUCUGAUCCUGGCGCCUCUCCCAGUCCUCCUGAUCAAAAGCUGACAGAUACUUCAUGCUCCCGUCUUCGCAUGGACUACACCCCCUUCAUCAGUAGACGGCAGAAGGAGUUUCCGGUGGUGAUGGACACUCACACAGAAGAGAUCCAGCAGAGAGACCGCCUGGAGAAGAUACAGACGUACCGCUUGGUCCGAGACAUUGUGCUGGAGCAGCAGAAACAGCAGGCGCUCAGCCAGAAGGAGCCAAUUAGAGGCCUGGUGGAGAUGUGUGAGAACAUGCAGGCAGCCUUGUGGCAGCGCCGCAAGAAGUUUCUCGACACUUGCGAGGCAUUUAGUAGCCGUCAGAUGGCGGCCGUGAAAAAGGAACAAGACUCACAACAAGCUCUGGGGGAGGCCCAGCAGGCAGUUCUAGAAAAAACAACCCCCACCCCCUCUGCCACCCAGAAGCCUAACAAACGUGCCAAGAAUGCUGGCAAGAAGAAAUGACGGCCAUUGGCACUAACUUCCAGUCUCAGUUCUCUCGGCAGACACCUCUCCACGAGUCUGUGUUGAAGAAUCUGCAUUUAAUCACAACAUCUCAGCCUUCAUACUGAAUCAAAAGAUUGUUGCUGCACCUUAUUUAGAACUGAUAUUGUCUUUUGCUUAGGUCGUAUGACUCUUUAAAGGGACAAUAUGUGGUUUUGGUGAAGAAUAUUAAUGAGGCAAUAAUAAAAACUCAAGCUGUAAACAAGCUGCUCUCAGAGAAAAUACGAUCGCCUGAACACUGUUUGAGGCUAGAAAGGUGGCAGGGUCUGCCGCAUAUAAACAAAGUAAAACAGUAUGAAAUUGUGUUGUCCUUUAAGGUCAGUUUGUUUCUAUUCUGAUUGAAAUGUCUUCCCAAAACUACACAGUGCACCUUUAAAGACUCUUAACAGUUAGCUUGGUGAUGUUUGUGAUGAUUUUCAGCCAAAGAUAUUGUGUUCUGUUCCAUAUUUCAUCACAUUCCUUUCAACACAACGUGCAUCUUACAUCUAUGACCUGUAUAAACUGAGCCACUGUUCACCUGUGAGAGCAAUGAUUGUUCAUUUCCCUCUAAAGCGUAUCAAAUAUAACCCCUUUCAAAUGAAAAAAUG